UAAGAGAUAAGAUAAAUUAUUUUAAUUAGUUGACAUCGAAUACGUAAGAAUGAACUUGAACAGCAUCAGCUGUGCUAUAAGAAUACUUAACCUAAACCAUAAAAUAAUUCCAUCAACCCUUAAUAUUUUCAGAUUUUGUCGUAACAAUUUUACCAGCAUAAUGAAUAAACCAUCUGUUUAUAUUACACGUCAAGUUAACGAAGAAGCACUAGAUAUAUUAAGGGAACAUUGCGAAAUUACAUCUUGGACUGGAGAAGGUCCUGUCCCAAGAGACGAGCUUUUAAGAAAAAUAGAAGAUAAAAAUGCGUUAUUUUGUAUGUUAACAGAUCAAAUAAAUUCGGAAGUAUUAAAUAAGGCAGGAAAAAAAUUACAGAUUGUAGCUACAAUGUCGGUUGGAUAUGAUCAUUUAGAUGUCGACGAAAUUAAAAAACGAAAAAUAAAAAUGGCUUACACACCAGAUAUUUUAACAGAUGCUACAGCUGAAUUAACCGUUGCAUUACUUUUAGCUACUAGUAGAAGAAUUUUAGAAGCAAAUGAAGCAGCUAAAAAUGGCGAAUGGAAAGCCUGGUCUCCGUUUUGGUUGUGUGGUACAGGACUUCAAAAUUCUACUGUAGGUAUUGUUGGAUUUGGUAGGAUCGGCCAAGAAAUAGCAAAACGACUUAAAUCAUUUAAACCAAAAAACAUAGUUUAUUACAAUAGAUCUGAAAAAGCUGAUGAGGCUAAAUUAGUCGAUGCAAAACGGGUAACUUUUGACAAACUAUUAGCAAAAAGUGAUUUUGUUAUUGUAAGUUGCUCUUUAACACAAGAUACUCAGCAUCUGUUUAAUGAAAAUGCUUUUAAUAAAAUGAAACGCACAGCCAUUUUUGUAAAUACUAGUAGGGGAGGUGUAGUUGAUCAGGAUGCUUUAAUUAAAGCUCUUGAAAAUAAAAUAAUUUUAGGUGCAGGGUUAGAUGUUAUGACACCAGAACCUUUACCAUUGCACAAUCCACUUUUUAAAUUAAAAAAUUGUGUUAUUCUACCUCAUAUAGGUAGUGCCUGUAUACAAACACGGAAAGAAAUGGCUAUCCUUUGUGCCAAGAAUAUUAUUGCCGCUCUUAGAGGUGAAGAGCUACCGUCAGAAUUAAUAAUUUAAAUAUAUUUUAAAUUUCAUAAUUCCAAGGGUUGAUAAAACUUGGAUUUUUUUAUACAAUGCCAACGAUGGCUUGAAUACAAAGCAUAGACGAGUGUAUAAAAUAAGAAUAGUUAAGGUAUUGAAGUAACUCAACAUAAUAAAAAAAAUCUUUAUUCAACAAAAAAUAAAAUAUAUGUAACAUACCUAUACAUGAUUCUAUGUGGGGAUAAUCCUGGCAAAAAAAAACAGACUGGUGACAAUCCUAGACUUUAUUUUUCAUCACAGGAGCAAUACCAAUCCAGAUACUGUUUGUCAACUGUCUUUGUUUAUUGUUAAAGGAGUUGCCUUAUUUAUUUCUUUCUCAUUAUAAUAACCUUUGUAAUUGAGAUAUAGCCAGUGCCAGUACUAUACAAGGUACUCUAUAUCAUUAUGUUUAAAUUUUUGGAAUAUAGAUUUAAGGUCAAUUUUGUUAAGGAGAAAAUGUAAAUAAACAGAUUUAAAGUUGUAAACCAAAUAAAUACUUUUCUUGGAAAAAAAAAAUGUACCCGAGAAUAGCAAGUUAUAGUGAUCCAGUUGGGUGGUAUAUCACCAAACCAUAAUCCUUUUAUUUCUGGGUACAAGAUUUAGACCAUUUUCUACUUGUUUGUACUUUUCCACUUAAUGUACACUGAAAAUAUUGAUAGGAUAAAUAAAAAAUAUACUCAAUGCACACCAAGUGCAAAAGAGGCAAGUAAAUUAAAAAUGCUGUUGGUACAUGCACAAGUUGGAAACACUAGAUAAGUUAUUAGAGCGUACUCAGUAGAUUUCCCAACAAUUAAGAGAAGUGUGAUAUAACAAUUUCAUUUAUUAUGCGCCUAAAAUUCAUACAUAAAGAUAUGGAACAUAUUGCAUAUUCAUUUUGUUUUUUAAUGUUUUAGGGGAUAUAAAAUAUUUAAUUUUAUGAGAUAUUUUAUUGCAAGAUAAAAUUUGUACAACAAAAUAUUAAUUUCAUAAUUAGAUUUGUAUGUAUUACAUAAGUACAUAUGUCAUAUAUAUUUAAUUUACUGCAUAUAUGUGGGUUAUACUUUUGUAAAUAUAAAUAUUGAAUACA